GUAAAUAAUAAUUAUAUUAUUAUUGUUAUUAUAAUUGGAAUUUGUUGGAAAUUUUUAAAUUUAUACCAAUUAUGGCCGAUGAAGACGAGAUAGAUAUCUUGGGUGAUUUCAGUUUGGAUAUUUUUUCGUCGAGAAACGAAACAAAUACGUAUGACAAUUCCCUAGUUUCAGAGAACUCCGAUCUCUUGAAAUGUGAUUAUACUAUUCAUCCGCAAUGGCUGUUGGAUAGGCCCAGUGCCAAUCCUGAUAACUGGUAUAAUACCAACAUCCCAAGCUUAUCUCAAUCAGAAAAUGAUGCAUUAGGACUCAUCUGCACCCAGAAUAGCAUAACUGAUGAAAGUGGAUGGACAGAAAAAGAAAAGAGCCUUCUCGAAAGGGGUAUUGAGAUAUUUGGCAAGAGCAAUGAUAGGCUGUCACAAUUCAUUGGAUCCAAGACAGCAUCUGAAGUGAAGUAUUACCUGAAGAACUUUUACUCUGAGCAUCAAACCAAUGCCAAUCUGAAUGAAAGCAUUCUUGAACAUACUAUCAAUACAAGUUUGGUAACUGAUGUUCUAAAUGAAAACCAAAUACCAGCUAGUGUUGAAGAGGUUAUUGCUACAGUGAGCACUGCAAAACCAACCAUUCAGACAUUCAACCACAAAAGACAAAGGAGAAGUAGUUUGAGAGGUUGCUUCAAUACAAAUGAUUUGAAAAAAUCAGUUUCUUUUUCAAAAUUUCAUCAUGACAGAUCCAAUGCACCAUCAAAACAACACAAAAAGAAUUUGAUGAUGGAAAGGAAGACAACUAAUUUGAAACCAUCCAAAUUUAGGGAAAGAGUAAAGAUGAAAAUGUCCUCCUGUGUUAGCACCAGUGGAAUAAAGCAAAAAAUUGUGAAAAUUAGUAAUGAAAGUAGCAAGCAGAGUGAGAUUAAGAAAGCUGUGAUCACCACUGGUCAAGGACUAUCUGUGCCUAUUUGUGAAGGAGAAGAAAUAGUUAAACUGAAAAGUGCUUCUGAAGAAUCGGAUACAGACAUAGACAUUGAUGUUGAAUUAUCAGAUGAAGAUAUUAAGACAAGUAAAAUCAACAAAAAAAUACAAACCUGUAUUGAAAAACCUGUUGUCACAGAACAACAGAAAACAGAAAAUAUACCCGUGGAAAGUGAAUUGAAAAAUGAAUGCUUUAUUCCAUCUACAGAGAUACCCGAUUUGACAAAACUGAGUGAACCAUUGCAGAAAGAAUUGACAAGUUUGAAGGAACCUACAUCUGAGUUGGAAUUGAAUUCACAAUGUAUAACUGAACUGGAAAAAGUGAUACAUUCUGAGUAUUUUGAUGCCAGCCCCAUCAAGACCCCAGAAAGAUACUUGAAGAUACGAAAUCACAUAUUGAGUGGUUGGAAAGAUCAAAAACCAAAUUACCUUUUCAAAACGUCCAGUCGCCAAGGAUUGAAAAAUUGUGGAGACGUGAAUAGUUUCGGGCGGAUUCAUAAUUUCUUGGAGCAGAUAGGUGCCAUCAAUUUUGGAUGUGAGCAGGUGAUUUACUAUCGACCACUAAUAGAUAUGGUCCAUGAAUAUAGCUCCACUAUUAGAGAAAAGAAGAAUAUUGAUAUGAAGAUUCCAGAUGUAUCUUCCAACAAGUUGGGUGGUCGAGAUAGAUUCAAAAAGAAAUUCGUCAAUGAUGGCGAAGGUGGUUAUACAUUGUCUCAUGGUGAGAAUGGGCAAAUCAUUAAAAAUACUGUGAUAAAUGAAGAACCUUCAUCGAAGCAGAAAGUGUACAUAAGAAAGCCGACAGUACGUUUGAUCUACUGUCGACCUUUCAAUGAAGAAUUUCAGCAACCGUACACCCUGAAAAUGCACCUGUCGACGCUGCUGAUAAUGGACUUCCAUUCCCAUACCUCGCUGACGGAGGUGAUGGGCCUGGUAGCCGGCCGCUGGACGGCACGAAAAAACAUGCUUACCAUAACGGGGUACGAGCCGUGCCGCAACGCAGCUUCGUCGGCCACGCAUUGCGACAUGUGCCCGAUAUCGCAGGCGCGGGCUGCCGAUGUCAUCCACAGAAAAGGCCUGGACAUCGUCGGUUGGUUCCAUUCGCACCCGACGUUCGCACCGGAACCCUCGCAACAGGACCUCGACACCCAACGGUCGGUGCAGCAAUGGCUGGGCCAGCACAAGCCGUGCGUCGCCGUCAUUCUGUCGCCUUUCAGUUCGAACGGGGCGCUGAUAGCGUCGCCGAUGCGGUGCUUCAUGGUCGACAGGAAGGUGCGCUUCGAGGACCAGUUCGUACCCUACAAGUUCAAGGUCGAUAUUGAAUUGGGCAAUUUUGACCUCGAAGAUUUUUUGUCAGAUUUUCACAAAGUCCUGAAAUGGAUUUUGAUGACCAACAAGGAUGACAUGAUGAAGCUUGGCCAGCCUUAUUUUCAAGACUCAUCAAUUACUUUCCUGGAAAAGUAUAUAACUAGCGUUCGCAUGAAUCUCGCAAAAUGUGGGAACCUGAACAAGGCCUCAUGCAACAAGAUAAUCCAAGGGAUCACGGAUAUUUAUUCCAGAACGAAUAAUGAGCAGACCUCGCCCUGAGGAUCGUUGAACGUUGCGAUUCUGUUGAUGUUACCAAGGUAAACAGGAUGUUGUGAUGGGCAUAAGACAGGAAUGUAGGGAAUGGUGGGGCAGAGUGAAUUAUUCGAAAUAAAGUGCUC